CCAAUGGGGCUGACUCUUAAAUUGUGUCUUCAUAUAGCCCAAUAUGCAGGUUUCAUAGUUGGGCAACUUACCAACUCGUGUCUUUUGUUUCUCAUUCUUACUAGAGCUGAGAGAUUAUUUGGAAGUUAUCGACAUGUGAUGGCUGUUUUUGCAUUUUAUUCUUUGGUCUAUACGUGGAUUGAGUUUAUCGCACAACCCGUAAUGCACAUAAAACAAUCAAUGUUCAUUGUAAUGCUAGAUGGUCCUUACACCUUUGAAAUUGCUGUCGGAAAUGAAAUCACGUGUCUUUACUGCUCAGCAUUUGCUCUGUGUAUUUCACUUUUGGCCGCUCAGUUUUACUACCGUUACAUUGCAGUUUGCAAAUCAGAAGAUCUUCAGAAAAUAAGAGGAUGGAAAUUAGGCUUAAUAUUUAUUCCUUGCAUCGUAUGCUUUGUUCUUUGGUUUGCUUGCGUCUAUUUUGGAAUGCACAAUACGAUAGAAAAACAACAAUUUAUGAGAGAUGUAAUGUUUGAAAACUAUGAAGUUGAUAUAAGCCGGGAAUCUUUUAUCGCACCGUUAUACUGGUCUUAUAACAAAGAUGGUGAGCGAGUUCUACGAUUUCGUGAUAUAAUAGGAUCUUCCGGAUGUACAUUCAUAUUGGUAACAUGCUUCUCCACAAUACUGUAUUGCGCUUUCAAAAUCUACUUUAGACUCAAAAGUGCUCAAGCAUUGAUGAGUGCUAAAACACGAGAACUUAAUCGGCAGCUGUUUAUCACUCUCACUUUUCAGACACUUCUCCCAUUUUUCAUGAUGUAUUGCCCUGUUGGUACAUUUAUUACUCUACCAUUUUUUGAAAUUGAAGUUGGUCAACUUGGAAACUAUGUUGGAGCAGCCGCUGGAACAUAUCCGGCUAUUGAACCAGUCAUUGCAAUUUUCUGUAUCAAGGAUUUUAGGAAAACUGUGCUUUGCCAGCGAAGAAAGAAUCGAACAGGUGCUAAGUCCAGCUCUGGAAUCCCUACUACGUCAUUUCAUUGAUAAUAAUAAAAUGUAUUAAUAUUCUUUUCAUGCAUAAAUGUACAGUCGGUAUUUCAUAAAUUUUUUAACUUUGCC